AUGUGGUCCAGGAACUUUACCCCGGAUUAUGGAAUUAAACUGUCCAUCCUUCUUUUGCUGUCCGCGUUAGCUGCGAAUAUCCACGGUGCUGAAGGUUUUGUGUCAUGUUCGCCGUCACCGUGCAAGAACGGCGGAACCUGUCUUUCGACGCCACGAGGAGAAUAUUUUUGCAAUUGCACGUCAAGAUACGCCGGUGAAUUCUGCCAACACCUGAACCCUUGUCAUAGCGAGUCGAGUCCGCGAUGUCAGAACGGUGGCUCUUGCAGGGUCAGGCCAGGGGCCAGCGGUGGUCCGCCGUCCUUUGCCUGCGAUUGUCCCCUGGGCUUCAGCGCUUCCUUAUGUGAGAUCCGCGUACCUGCUGCGUGUGAUUCAGCACCUUGCUUGAAUGGAGCUACGUGUAGGCUUACGUCACUACACAGCUAUGAAUGUGACUGCCCUCCUGGUUACACAGGCGAAGAGUGCUCCCACGAGGACCACUGCGCGUCACAACCAUGUCGCAACGGAGGCCGAUGCGUCGCAGACAACACCACAGCUGCUGGGUACUCCUGCGUUUGCCCACCAGGAUUUACCGGAGCCAGAUGCACAGAGGACGUGGUUGAAUGCUCUAGCGGGCCCGGACCCUGUCACCACGGCCGAUGUUUUAACACCCACGGGUCCUAUACCUGCGUUUGUGAGCCUGGGUAUACGGGCAGAGACUGUGAUGCCGAAUAUGUGCCUUGCGAGCCGUCUCCCUGUCUUCAUGGUGGCAGAUGUACGCCUCUGGAUCAGCUGAGAUACGAAUGUGACUGUCCUACUGGUUACCGUGGCCAAAACUGCGAGAUCAACAUCGACGACUGUCCGGGACACCUGUGCCAGAACGGGGCGACGUGCAUCGACGGCCUCAACUCCUACACUUGCGAGUGUCCCCCCACUUUCACCGGGACGCUUUGCGAAACAGAUGUGGAUGAAUGUGCUUUGAGACCUCUAGUCUGCCAGAACGGUGCUACAUGCACCAACUCCGUGGGCGGUUUCUCUUGCAUCUGUGUCAAUGGCUGGACGGGUCCAGAAUGUUCCGUCAAUAUCGACGACUGCGCCGGCGCAGCUUGCUUCAAUGGCGCUACAUGUAUCGAUCGGGUUGGCGCUUUUUACUGCAAGUGCACUCCUGGGAAGACUGGUCUCCUCUGCCACUUGGACGACGCAUGCACCUCCAAUCCAUGCCACGCUGACGCCAUCUGCGACACUAGUCCCAUCAACGGUUCCUAUACGUGCUCUUGCGCAUCUGGGUACAAAGGGCUCGACUGCUCUGAAGAUAUCGACGAGUGUGAACAGGGUUCCCCUUGUGAGCACGAUGGUAUCUGCGUGAAUACACCUGGUUCCUUCGCUUGCAACUGCUCAGUGGGUUUCACUGGUCCUCGAUGCGAGACGAACGUCAACGAAUGCGAGAGUCACCCCUGCAGGAACGAAGGGUCCUGUCUCGAUGAUCCUGGCACCUUUCGCUGCGUCUGUAUGCCUGGUUUCACGGGAACCCAGUGCGAAGUGGAGAUAGACGAAUGCGCGAACAACCCUUGCCUGAACGGUGGAGUCUGCCAUGAUAUGAUCAACGCUUUUCGCUGUACCUGUGUUAUUGGGUUUACUGGUGCCCGUUGUCAAGUGAACAUAGAUGACUGUGCAUCCAGUCCCUGUAGGAAUGGUGGAACGUGCCAUGACUCCAUCGCUGGCUACACUUGUGAAUGUCCACCUGGAUACACUGGCAUGUCCUGUGAAACCAACAUCAACGACUGCUUAUCGGCACCAUGUCAUCGUGGAGAAUGUAUAGAUGGCGACAACAGCUUCACGUGCAACUGCCACCCUGGGUACACUGGUCGUGUAUGUCAGACCCAAAUUAACGAGUGCGAAUCGAAUCCGUGUCAAUUUGGAGGCCAUUGUGAGGACCUGAUAGAUGGCUACCAAUGCCGCUGCAAACCUGGAACCUCUGGAAGAAACUGUGAAAUCAACGUCAACGAAUGUUACUCAAACCCUUGCAGGAAUGGCGCCACCUGUAUCGAUGGGAUUAACAGAUAUACAUGUGAAUGUAUCCCGGGCUUCACUGGCCAGCACUGCGAGACGAACAUCAACGAAUGUCUGUCCAAUCCUUGCGCAAAUGGGGGCAAAUGUAUUGAUCGCAUCAAUGGAUUCCGUUGCGAAUGCCCCAGGGGAUACUAUGAUGCAAGAUGUCUUUCUGAUGUGAACGAGUGUGCCUCAAAUCCUUGCAUCAAUGGCGGUACCUGCGAAGACGGAGUGAACCAGUUCAUCUGCCAUUGUUUACCUGGAUACGGUGGCCAACGCUGUGAGCGUGAUAUAGACGAGUGUAGCUCAAACCCAUGUCAACAUGGAGGGACGUGCCACGAUCGACUCAACGCGUAUAGAUGUGAUUGCGUAUUAGGAUUUACUGGUGUCAACUGUGAAACGAAUAUCGACGAUUGUGCUGGCAACCCAUGUCUUCACGGUGGCUCUUGCAUAGAUCUCGUCAAUGGAUACCGCUGCGUGUGCUCACCACCUCAUUCUGGGCGAAAUUGCGAGAACACUUUGGACCCAUGCGUGCCUAACCAAUGUCGCCACGGUGGUCGUUGCGUCGCCGAAGCCUCCUACGCCGAGUUUACUUGUCAAUGUCCAGUGGGUUGGACUGGAGCUCUGUGCGAGCGAGACGUGGACGAAUGCACCACAACAGCUCCUUGCCACAAUGAUGCGACUUGUAUCAACACUGAGGGGUCUUAUGCUUGCCUCUGCCUAAGAGGCUAUGAAGGAAAAGACUGUGCUAUUAACACGGACGACUGCGCUUCUUUCCCCUGUCAAAAUGGCGCGACCUGUCUGGACAGUAUCGGGGACUACAACUGCGUGUGUUCUAGUGGAUUUGCAGGAAAACACUGUGAAGUGGACGUGGAUGAGUGCGAAUCUUCACCUUGUUUGAACGGCGCAACUUGCAACCAGUACGUGGCUUCCUACACCUGUACAUGCCCUCUGGGUUUCUCUGGCAUCAACUGCCAGACGAAUGACGAAGACUGCACGGAUUCGAGCUGCAUGAACGGAGGGUCCUGUAUCGACGGCAUAAACUCUUACAACUGCUCUUGUCCACCAGGAUACACCGGAUCCAACUGUCAAUUCCGAAUCAACAUGUGCGACAGUUCCCCUUGCGACAAUGGCGCUACCUGCCACGACCAUGUUACAUACUACACUUGUCACUGCCCUUACGGAUACACUGGGAAACACUGUGAAGCUUACGUCGACUGGUGUGAAAACAAUCCCUGCGAGAACGGCGCAACGUGUUCGCAGAAGGGACCGCAGUAUACGUGCACAUGUGCCCCUGGCUGGUCAGGAAAGCUUUGUGACGUCGAAAUGGUGUCCUGCAAAGACGCAAGCAUUAGGAAAAGUGUAAAACUAAAACAACUCUGCAACAACGGAACGUGUGAAGACAUUGGCAACUCCCACCGCUGCCACUGCUUAGAAGGAUACACGGGCUCCUAUUGUCAGAAGGAGAUCAACGAGUGUGAUUCCGCGCCUUGCCAAAACGGCGCUCUAUGUAAAGAUCUCGUCGGUACCUACCAGUGCCAGUGUGCCAAAGGUUUCCAAGGGCAGAAUUGCGAGUUGAACGUUAACGACUGCUUGCCUAACCCCUGUCAGAAUGGCGGCACCUGUCAUGAUCUAAUUAACAACUUCUCAUGCUCUUGCCCCUUCGGAACUCUGGGAAAGAUAUGCGAAAUCAACGUGAACGAUUGUAAGCAAGACGCCUGUCAUAACAACGGCACCUGUAUAGAUAAAGUUGGAGGCUUCGAAUGCAAGUGCCCAGCUGGCUUCGUCGGCCCCCGGUGCGAAGGAGACAUUAACGAGUGCCUAUCCAAUCCCUGCUCUAACCCCGGAACACAGGAUUGCGUGCAGCUGAUUAACGACUACCACUGCAACUGUAAACCUGGGUACAUGGGAAGACACUGUGAUGCUAAGGUUAACUUCUGCGCGAACUCGCCUUGCCAGAAUGGAGGUAUAUGCACUGCGAUACAGGGCGGGCACGAAUGUCUCUGCAGCGACGGGUUUUACGGAAAGAACUGCGAAUAUUCCGGCUACGCGUGCGAUUCGAACCCUUGUCAGAACGGUGGCUACUGCCGUACAUCAGAAAUUGGCGAUUACGUAUGCGACUGCCCAUCUGGUUUAUCCGGUAUCAACUGCGAAAUAGAUUCCAUGAACGAGUGUCUAAGUAACCCGUGCAAACACCCGGAAGCGCGUUGUAUAGAUAAACCCGGGGACUUCUUGUGCUAUUGCCCCAGACAAUGGACCGGCAAGAUGUGUGACAUCCACGACCCCCACUCGAGAGGCGGUUAUGGAAGUCCAGUGACGGGAGUGUACGGCCAGAACCCGACAUUAACACUCCAAGAGCUAGAUUUGGCCUUCCAAAGGGAGCAAUGUGUGAAGAUGGGCUGCAAAGAGAAACAGGGUGACCAUCACUGCGAUGAAGAGUGCAACACUUUUGCGUGCGAGUUCGACGGUAACGACUGUUCUCUUGGCAUCAAUCCCUGGGCCAACUGCACUGCACCUAUUAAAUGCUGGGAAGUCUUCAUGAACGGCGAAUGUAAUGAAGUAUGCAACACUCAAGCUUGUUUAUUCGAUGGAAGGGAUUGUGAGAAGUCCCUACAGAAAUGUAAUCCAAUUUAUGAUGCUUACUGUCAGAAGCAUUACGCCAAUGGACACUGUGACUACGGUUGUAACAACGCUGAAUGUAACUGGGACGGUUUGGACUGCGAGAACGAACCGCCCGAUCUAGCGGAAGGCGUAAUCUCAAUUAUCCUUCUAAUGGACAUGAGAACAUUCAAGGAGAACUCUGUCGCUUUCCUCCGGGAUCUAGGACAUCAGCUACGAACUACGAUUUUGAUUAAGAAAGACCAUUUAGGCAAUGACAUGGUGUACCCCUGGAAAGGCUCGACAGAUGUCGGCUUACAGGACACAGAGUUUGGCAAGAAACAUCACAUUGUGUUCACUGAGAGAGGCCAAUCAGGGGUACAAGUGUACUUGGAGAUCGACAACAGGAAGUGUACCACCUUAUCUAGUUCAGAAUGUUUCUUCUCGGCUCGCGAAGCAGCCGACUUUUUAGCGGCUACCGCGUCGAAACAUUCUCUAUCUUCAGACUUUCCUAUCUAUCAAGUCAAAGGUGUUCCCUCUAUCAUCAGCCCUGACCUCCCAACAAACUCCAAAUACGUCUUCAUCGGAGUAAUUCUGGUCUUGCUAGCUGGUCUUUUGAUUGGUGUCUUAGUGACUGCUCAGAGAAAGCGUAUGCAAGGUGUGACAUGGUUCCCAGAAGGAUUCAUGACUAACAGUUCCUCAUCGCGACGCCGUUCAAGACGCAGAGGACCAGAUGGACAAGAGAUGAGAAAUUUGAACAAAGGGUCCAUGGGUUGUAUUGAUGUGGACAUCAACGGCGGUCAUAUGGUGCCUCCACACUGGUCUGAUGAAGAUGAUGAUGGUUCCGCUCCCCCACGAGCUAAGAGGGCGAGAGGACCAGGGGAUUCCAAUGGUGCUCCAGGGGGCUACGCCUCAGACCACACAGCUAUCACCGAUUAUGAGGAGGCAAGUCACGAUCCCGGUCGCGUCUGGACUCAACAACACUUGGAUGCUGCUGAUAUCCGCGUUCCACCAAGCAUGAUGACACCUCCUGCUAUCCACGACGGUCACGUAGACGUCAACGCUCGUGGCCCCCUCGGCAUGACACCAUUAAUGGUUGCGGCUAUCAGAGGUGGAGGCUUGGACACCGGAUCAGAUGUCGAAGAUGAACAGACGGCCCAUAUAAUAUCUGAAUUGGUGGCGCAAGGAGCUCAGCUCAACGCCGCUAUGGACAAGACUGGGGAAACUAGCUUACAUCUAGCAGCAAGGUACGCACGAGCUGAUGCAGCCAAACGCCUCCUAGAUGCAGGCGCUGAUGCUAACUCCCAAGACAACACUGGUAGAACUCCCUUACAUUCCGCUGUUGCAGCAGAUGCCAUGGGCGUAUUCCAGAUUCUAUUACGAAACAGAGCUACCAACUUAAAUGCGAGGAUGCACGAUGGAACUACACCGCUUAUUUUGGCUGCUAGGCUGGCCAUAGAAGGCAUGGUGGAAGAUCUAAUAAAUGCAGACGCGGACAUCAAUGCCGCAGACAACAGCGGCAAAACCGCGCUGCACUGGGCUGCUGCUGUUAAUAACGUUGACGCUGUCAAUGUUCUGCUCGUGCAUGGCGCCAACAGAGAUGCGCAAGAUGAUAAGGAUGAGACUCCUUUAUUCCUUGGUGCAAGAGAAGGGUCGUACGGCGCUUGUAAAGCGUUAUUGGAUGCGAUGGCAAACAGAGAGAUCACAGACCACAUGGACCGGUUGCCGAGGGACGUUGCUCAGGAGAGAAUGCACGACGACAUAGUCAGGUUGCUGGACGAACACUGCCCGAGGCCACAGCACCAUCAUCUUAUGUCAUCGCCAAACCCUCAUCCACAACUCAUCAGUCAGCCGACUGUGAUCAGUGCGACAGCGACAAAGGGCAAGCCCAAAAAGGCAAGAGCCAAAGCCGGGCCAGACAGCCCGCAAGACCAAUACGACAAUAAUAAUUUGCAGGCGUCGCAAAUUAGACGGAAACCAAGUGUAAAAAAGAACAAUAAGAAAGUUGCGCAAGAGGUUCCACAAAGCGUCGAGUCUCUAGGGUUCAGUUUGAGUCCUGUAGAAUCACCGCUACAAAAUUUACAAGAUCUACCGUCGCCGUACGACGCGACGUCGCUAUACUCAAACGCAAUGGCGCAAUUCCCCGGAAUGGAGCAACUGGUGCACCACAAGCAACCGCCAAGCUAUGAGGACUGCGUCAAGUCGGGUGGCGCGCUUCAGUUCGGGGGCGGCGCAGGCGCAUCCCUGUCACCGCCUUACUCAAACCACUCCCCCGCACACAGUAACCAGACUACGUCACCGCAUGCCUAUAUAGGUUCUCCUUCGCCUGGCAAAUCGCGGCCGUCUUUGCCGACAUCUCCCGCGCACAUGGCGGCCAUGCGUCACCAUCAUCAACACCAGUUAGACGCCGCAGCAUAUUCUGCGCUUGCGCAUCUAAGUGCGAACGGUCAACACAACGCUCAACUCCAAGCUGUAAUGACGCACGCAGUGGCUUUGUCGCACGCGCAGGGGGCUCAUCAUCCCGCGAUCACCAAUAUCAUGUCCGGUCUAUACGGCAGUUGGGGCAUGGGCGACACGUUCCCCACCCCCUCCCCAGAAUCCCCCGACCAUUGGUCCACACCGUCACCUCAAACGCCGCUCACGCAAUCCCCCCACUCGGACUGGUCGGAUCGAGCCGCGCUAUCGCCUAACGACAUACAACAAUCUAACAAGGGCGCAACGGAGGCCAUUUAUAUUUAA